AUGCUGUCCAUUUUGCAAAACCGCGAGGGUCGAGGAACGCAGAUGGACCUUGGCUUGGGGCGGCACCCUUCUUCAAGACUGCAAAAAGACCGUACAGCUCUAGCUGGUCGUCUUGAGACAAAUUGCCCAGGGAACCAGAUGAAACUUUCUCCGCUGCUUCUUCGAAUUGCCUUUGCAGGCUCAUCUCGGAGCCUUAGUGCUGUCGACAGUUGACGAGAAACGCGAGUAGUGUGUCGGAAAAGGCAGUUGUAUAGUGAUGCUGUUGCAAAGAGGCUGUUUCAAAGUGAUGAUUAAUUGCCUUUUUGAAGAAUAUACAGUAUUUUUGCGAAUGGACCGGUGAUUUUGCACAGAGCAGAAACUCAACAUUUCCAUCCCACUCUGGUUGUUUUAAAGCUACGUCAUGCAUGAAACUUCUUGUUGACAAGGCCAACACAGACUUUCAACAUUCUGUCCAAUUCAAUUUUCUUAAGCAACACAGGAACGUCAGCUCUCUUAAGUUCAGACAAUCAAAGUUUAUUCCACCCCUCGCAGACCAUGCCGCGCAAAAGAAGACUUGCAGAUAAUGCCGAGCAAAACGUCCGUCGAGGGACGCGCAACCGAAUUGUGAAACAACGCCCUGAUUUCGUUGAUCCUUUUUCUCUCCGAAAGAAACGAAGAAUUUCACUAGACGACGGUGCCUUUAGCCCGCUUUCAUCACUUUCCGAUGCAUCAGUGCAGGUGCGGGAUGACGUUAUUGACAACCAAAAUCAUCAAUACAGACCAAAUUUGCCACCAGAACACCUCCCGCUGAAGAAAAGAGUCUCUAUGAGAGUCCCAGUCUCAACAGAAGAGGAAGAUUCUCUUGAGAAUUCUGCCGCUAUUGCUGUGAAAGAUCUCUGUGAAGCUUCCCCUCACGUAGUUCGUGUCAGACCGCCUCGCCUGUACAUUCGUCUACGGCUAAGAGAAGCCACUGCAGAGAAAAUCAGCUUUGAAGAGAGAUAGUCAAAAGGAUAUUCUUUCCUCAAGAACUCAGCCAUAUCUUUCCCAUUCGCUAUGGAGAUCCUGGAACGAAGAAGUUGGAUGAAACAAUAUCGAUGAAGGUCUCUGGUGUCCCACAAACGCAACUUGUCUGAGGUUGACUACUUGCUCCUCUCACUGAUGUCUUUCGAUAUCCAAUCCCAGACUGCCUUCAACUGGUCCCAUCCCGAUCUAACAACUAAUUGAGCACAAACUGCCAAGCUGCAUACUUCUUCAUGACAUGUGGGCAAGGCGCCAUUUCUUACUAACUAGAGAGUAUGCAACGAAGUCAUAGCUGAAAAGAAAAAAAAAACGCUAUGCCUUCUUGCGGUUAUCCUCUUUCUAGCAGUAUGUAGGAAUACUAAUAGUUUUUCGAAAACCGCUUCGGUGGCAAUGAUCCUGGUGUCCGAACUUCGAAGUGCAUUGUACCGCUGCUGUAGAUCUUCGGGCAACUACUAGUCCACAAGAUGUGGACUGUCAAGAGCACUAUAUCGAACCUCGUCCACAGGCACUUGCAAUAAAUAAAGCUUAGAUGGAAUCUGUUCUUACCA